GUUUUCCAUGUUUAAUAAAUACUUGUUGUGUAAAAAUGUCAGCAUUGCCUUCUGUUCCCAUGGACUACCUAACACUCUCUCUUCUUGCCAAUAUUCUGGCUGUGAAACCUGAGCCACGGGCCAAAUAUAACCCCACACAGUGAGCAGUUAGAGACCAGGACAGAUGGGACAGCAGGCCACUGCAGAGGCAGUACGCAAUUGGACCCUGAACCUGAGAGAUCCUGCUGACUGUCCGACCAAUAAGGCUGCUCUUCUGGAAAGAGACGCUUCUUUUUGGCUCUUUUUGAUUCAAUAAACAAGACAAACCUGGAAGCACAAAAGCAGGACAAAGCGUUUGGACAAAUAGCCCACUGUAAGGAUGCAGGACGGGAGUUGGAAUCAGCCACUCCCCAUCUCUCAGCUGCUGAAGGACCCGGCAGGAGGCGGGACUUUGGAGGGCGAUGGGGGUGUGUUUUCUGAGGCUUCCUCUGAUGGGGAACUCUACCUGGACUCAGUGACAGAGCUGGAUUCUGGAGAUGGGGACUUUGCAGAUCUUACUGCCUUCUUGAGUGCAGAGGAGAUUAAUCGUAGUCUGGACCUGGCCCUGGAGGCCUUUGGUGAAACUUUUGAAUCUGGUGAUCCAGGACCUUCUAAAGCUACAUCCCAGGAGCAGGCUCUCCAACCGGUCCCCUCCCUCCCUGUGCCCCCCCAGACUACUGAAAACCUCACCAUAAGCCCAAACCUGCAGCACCAGACCAAAACCCCCUGCCCAGAUGACAGUGCAGCAAUUGAAGUCUCUUCUAGUCAGAAUGCCCCCCUCAGCAAACCCAUACAGGUGUCCAGUGAGGCUCCAGCCUCUGUGGAGAAGGUGGUCCGCCACAAACCCAUCCAACCAGUUUAUAAGCAGGAUAAACCCAGGCUGCUUCAUGAGGGUCUGGAGCUGAAUGAUCGGGCAGGUUCGGCCACAGAGUUCUGUAGCCGAGCUGCCACGUUCAUCGAGGAGCUGUCUUCCAUCUUCAAAGGUUCUGCUCAUUUGGAGCAGCAGGUGGAGGAGGACUCCUCCUCUCCUGACAGUGGCUAUCUGACUCCAAGGAAUCAGAGGCCAGUCCCUCAGGGCUCAGUCUCUGCUCCCUCUCUGCCACCAUGCCAGCAAGAGGAGACGCAGCCAGCCAUAAGCCUGGAGCCUCAGCCUGGAGGCCCAACAGGAGUGGCAGUUUCAGCAAGGUACCAGCACCCUGGAGCUCCAACCACACAUGGACCGCUGUCUCCUCCAUGCUUCAUCCAGAAGCUGAAGAGUCAGGAGGUGGCAGAAGGAAGCCCCAUCCGUCUGGAAUGCCGAGUCAUAGGAAACCCCCCGCCACUUGUCAGGUGGUUCUGUGAAGGCCGUGAACUGCACAACUCUCCUGACAUACAGAUCUCCAGGGAUGGUGACCUGCACACGCUGGUGAUUGCUGAAGCCUUCGAGGACGACACAGGACGUUACACCUGCGUGGCUUCCAACAGUAUCGGAGCAGACAAUACCUCUGCUGAGGUUUACAUAGAAGGAGCCUCGUCAUCAGACUCUGACGGGGAAGGAGCUGCGUCAAAGUCCAGAUCAGGAACCAUGCCUCAACUUCAGAAGAAAACUAUUUCAAUGUCCCUGACAAUACGCUCAGCGUCACCCAAAACCCCCGAGGUCCUUCCUCACCGCUCCACUCUGGUCCAGUCCCUGUCUCAGCCCCCACAGCGGAUGCAGAGCCCAGUGUCGUCACUGUAUGCUGGUGAGGUGUCAGGUCCUCCUGUAUUCACAAAGCUGCUGCAGGAUGCCCAGGCGUCCGAGGGCCAGGUGGUGGUUCUGGAGUGCAGGGUCCGUGGAAGCCCUCCUCUGCAGGUCAGGUGGUACCGCCAGGGAGAGGAGAUCCUGGACUCGCCCGAUUUUCGCAUUCUACAAAAAAAGCCUCGGUCUGCAGCUGAGCCAGAGGAGAUCUGCACCCUGGUGAUAGCUGAGGCCUUUCCAGAGGACGGAGGUCUGUUCUGCUGCACCGCGUCCAACCCGUACGGCUCCGUUAACAGCACAGCCCAACUCACUGUCACUGCAGCAGCCGAGGACUCAUCCAGUAAUGGCAUGUCUGGUGAUAGCUCCGGGUUUGAGGAUGUGGCAGCCUUCCCCCCUCCUCCCCCACCCACAGAAAUCAGCCUCCUGGAGCUGCCACCCAAGAUGCCGCCUCUGCCCGGCGCUUUUGUUAUCAAGGAGGUUGAGAUCUGGCCUGGUGUGUCAUCCCUGCCUCCAGUGCAGAUGGUGGAGGAUAAGGGGAAAGGGUCUAUACAGAAUGGCCAAACCCAAAAUCCACCAAGCCUGCCUCAAGCAGCCACACCACCUCCACCACCCCCACCUCCACCUCCACCUCCUCCUCUCUCACAGUCUGACCCUACCACAGGUAUCCCAGUCACAGCCCAGGUGGCACCAGACUCCCCUCCGUCCCCAGGCAAGCUGUCUCCACCCCCUGGGAAGGAUGGUCUUCCGCUGCCUACCAAGCCCAAACCAAAGCUAAACGCGUCACAGCUGAAGCAGCUGCAGGAUCAGAUUCUGUUGGAGCAACAGGAAGCAGCCAACUGGCAGCAGCAGCAGGAACAGCAGAGCCAGGAAGUCCCGCCUCUGCCCCAGCAACCAGCUCAGGAAGCGUCUCCACCUGCUCCACCUUCUCCACCUCUCCCACCUCCUCCCUCCUUCCAGGAGCUGGAGAGCAGCGCAACCAUGCAGGCCAGCACCUUCAACUACGCCCGGCCCAAGCAGUUCAUUGCUGCCCAGAGCCCCGGGAGCGGGGCGGGCUACGUCACCCAGUCCUCUGGCUCCUCAGGGUCCAGCCUGUCCUCCCCCCUGUCUCCUCCCACCUCACACAAGCCCUUCACCAGGGUCACCUUGCCCCCUUUCACCAAGGCCAGCAGCGUGGAGUCUCCAAGCUCUCCUUCCUUCCCGCCUCCACCUCCGCCCUUCUUCGGCUCCAGUAACCUGUCCUCUCCAUCAGGCCCCGCCCAAGACUUCCCUCCUCCUCCUCCUCCACCUCCGCCUCCUCCGCCCAUGUCCAUGUCUCCAGCUUACUCAGAUAUGUCCUCGCCGUUCUCUUCCGUCCCUCCAUCUCCAGCCUCCAGCUUCCUGUCCUCAGUGUUGCCCUCCACACCAUCCUCCCCCGGCAGUCCUAUAGUCAAUGCCCUGGGCCUUCCCAAAGGCAACGGCACUGUCAAAGCGUUCCCCAGGAAGCCCUCGGUCACCAGGACACCCCGCGUGGCCUCUGACUCUGACAUCCAAGGAUCCAAGGACGCUGUCAUCCAGGACUUGGAGAGAAAACUGCGCUUUAAAGAGGAGCGCAUAAGCAAUGGUCAACAGAGGUUAACCUAUGAGGAGAAGAUGGCUCGCAGACUGCUGGGUGCUGACAACGCUGCCACAGUCUUAAACACACAGGAUACAGAGGAGGAGCCGGUCACGCAGGAAGACAAGUCAUCUGAUACAGAAUUUUUCCCUCAAAAGGAAUACAAAGUGUCCAGCUUCGAGCAGCGUCUGAUCAGUGAGAUCGAAUUCCGUCUGGAGCGUUCUCCCGUGGAGGAAUCAGACGAGGACGUGCAGCACGAUGAAGACUCUGCCGGCCAGGGGGUGGCACCGUCCUUCAACCAGAAGCUCAAACACUACAAAGUCUUUGAGGGCAUGCCAGUCACCUUCUCCUGCAAAGUUCAUGGAGACCCCAAACCAAAGGUCUACUGGUUUAAAGAUGGCAAGCAAAUCUCCAAGAGGAGCGAACACUACAGGAUCAGCCGUGACGCUGAUGGAACCUGCUCCCUGCACACUGCUGCAGCCUCGCUCGACGAUGACGGCAACUACACCAUCAUGGCAGGCAACCCUGAGGGCAGGGUGAGCUGCACCGGCAGGAUGAUGGUCCAGGCUGUGAACCAGCGAGGUCGAAGCCAACGCUCCGCACCUGGACACAUGCGCAGGCCCAGGUCCAGGUCUAGAGACAGCGGUGAUGAGAAUGAUAAUAUCCAAGAGCGUCACUUCCGCCCCCACUUCCUGCAGGCGCCCGGCGACCUCAUCGUUCAGGAGGGCCGACUGUGCCGGAUGGACUGCAAGGUGAGCGGCCUGCCCACUCCAGACCUCAUCUGGCAGCUGAACGGACAGACCAUCCGGCCCGACUCCGCCCACAAGAUGCUGGUGAGGGAAAACGGCGUGCACUCAUUGGUCAUUGAGCCCGUGACCAGCCGCGACGCGGGCAUCUACACCUGCAUUGCCAGCAACCGCGCCGGGCAGAACUCCUUUAACCUGGAACUCAUCGUUGCAGCCAAAGAGAUGCACAAGCCCCCUUCAUUCGUCGAGAAGCUGCAGAACACAAGUGUGGCUGAGGGUCAUCCUGUACGACUGGAGUGUCGUGUCACAGGGGUUCCCUACCCACAGAUCUUCUGGAAGAGGGAGAAUGAGUCAUUCACUCACAACACAGACAGAAUCAGCAUGCACCAGGACAACUGUGGCUACCUGUGCAUGAUCAUCCAGCCAGCCAUGAAAGAGGAUGCCGGCUGGUACACUGUGUCAGCCAAGAAUGACGCCGGCAUCGUAUCCAGCACUGCACGUCUCGACGUCCACGCUCAGUGGCAGCAGCCUAACCACCCCAAGCCCAAGAAGGUGCGUCCCUCCACCAGCCGAUAUGCCGCACUGACAGAGAGAGGGCUGGACGUGAAGGCGGCCUUCUUCCCCGACUCCAGCCCGCUGCAGCCCGGCGGCCUGGUGGAAAGUGACGACCUGUAGAGACCACAGGGAGGUCACGCCCUGAAACAUCCUGAAAGCUGCCCUUGUUCCCAGCAGACAAAUACUUUAUGACGGCGGCGAGGGGCAGAACAUAACCUUUGUCCACCUGAGGGACUCUAUCAUUGAACUGAAAACCGAACUAAAGGGUCGGUGGGCAGAGUGAGCUGGUGCAGCCGUGGUUUUCAUAUGUUUUUAUAGUAUGACACAACCCAUUUUAUUUCAGCAUUCAUCGAGUUGUUUCCCUUUUUAUUAACUGGACCUGGAAAAUGAUUGAAGUGUGGAAAGACUGUUCAUAAAUAUGCUCUCUCAACUGUACGGUUGACUCUCUUUCGCAAAGGGUUGUCUGAUUAAGUGCCUCUCAUGACUGUUAAGAUAAAAAAAAUUAAACAAAGAAUUACUAUGCAUGUUCAAGUGGUGCCAUUUGAUAUACACAGACUAAUACUGUAUCUAUACGUAGCACUCCACCAGCUGUUUAAAAAUAGACAUGCGGGAGAAACGGUGACUUAAGCAGAGGCUGAAUGACUCAAAGCACUGUAGCUUUGACGAAGGAGAUGACAACCUUUUAUUAUGUGGGCUUGUGUAGCACAGAGCUCAAAUCUACAGUAUCUGGUUGUAACUGCAGUAUCAUACAGUUUCAGUGUUGUCGUAGGUUAGCUUACAGAUAUCGGAAAAAGGCCGGACCUUACAUACAGUAUGUUUUUUUAGCAAAAGAAUAAGGUUUGGGUAAAAGUACGCUGACACAUGGAUGAGAUUUGUUUGAAUUUAAGGAAGUUUGGACACAUCAAGGAGGGAAAAGAGAUGGAAAAAAGCAGGUUUUUGGGGACAGACAUGAACUUUAAUAUAGUAAGUUAACACUUGAUAGACGGAUGUGAGUGAAAAAGUGAAAAAUGGAUGAAAACUUUGGCGAUUGAGGGUCAUUUUUGUGAUUUUUUUUUCUUUGGUGGUUUAUUUUAAAAGGGUGACUAGCAACGUUCUCACUCAAGAGAGGGUGCUGUGAAAGGUUUCAGUGUAUUUGUCUCAUACACACACACACACGCACACGCACUCACACACACGCACACACACACGCGCACACACACACAGAUUGUCCAUUUUAUUUUUGUAUAAAAAUUUCCAACAAUCUUGACAUAAAUUAUAUCAGCAACCUUUUGUUCACAGACAAAGCAAUCCUUUCUGUAUCAUGAAGUUUUAUAAAAAUAUUUACUGCCUUAAAUCACUUUUAGGCUUAAUGCAAACACGAUUUCUUUGCAUGUUAUUUUUGGACACUUGUACAGUGCCAAAAGACUGUUUCCAGGAUGUAUAAAAACACUACUUUUUUCUAGUAUUCAGGGGUAGAAAUCACUCUAAGCUGGUAGAAAGUGAAAAGCAAGGUAUAUUUAUAUCUAUUAUUUUUGUCACCUCUGUAAUACUAUACAAAGUGGACAUCUUUUUCUGUCUGUUCAGAGCUUGCAUCAGCUGACAGUUACUGUGUUUGCACAUUUCUAUGCCAAUCAAUGCCUGUAUAUGGAUUGUUCUCCUGAUAUUAUUUUAGGUUAUGAAAGUUAAUAAAAAUCAAACUCUUCAGA